GUCCUAGAGGACAGUGGUGCGCUGCAUACUUUGGGAGCGAAGUAUGGGGCAUUGCCCGAAGAGGUGACGCCUCUUCUUCAAGCUGCACAUAAAGCUCGGCUAGAUGUGGUCGGGGUCUCAUUCCAUGUAGGCAGCAAGGUUGCUAAUCCACAAAUCUACAAUGAUGCAGUAGCAGCUGCUAAGGAGGUGUUUGAUACUGCCGUGAAGCUUGACAUGCCUAGAAUGAGCAUUCUCGAUCUUUGUGGUGGCUUUACUGUUGAGCCAAAAUUUGAAGAAAUUGCUGUUAUUAUAGAAGAAGCCCUUAAGACUUACUUCUCCAAUGAACCAAACUUGACUGUGAUUGCUGAACCAGGGCGAUUCUUUGCUGAGAAGCCGAUCMCCCUAGCAACCCGCAUCAUAGGGAAGCGUGUGAGAGGUAAUCUGAAGGAAUACUGGAUCAAUGAUGGAAUAUAUGGGUCUAUGAAUUGCUUGCGCACUGGUAAUGCAAUUCUGAGUGCACCAAUUGUGGUCACUUCGAAUUGGGGCAAUGGAAAAUUAGCAGCAUGUCGAGAGGAGAUUAGCACAUACCCAUUGACCGUGUUUGGGCCAACGUGUGACUCAGGUGACACAAUCUUUAAAUGUCAUCUUCUACCCGAGCUACAACUGAACGAUUGGCUUGUUUUUCCUAAUAUGGGUGCUUACACAACCAGCUCUGGAUCCAACUUUAAUGGCUUUAAAAUAUCAUCCAUCUYCACCUUCCUUGCCUUCUCAGAUCAGAUCUAAGCAUUACUUCUUGAACCCCCCCGCCCUACCUCUCUCUUCUCUAUCUAUGUAAUCCCGCGUAGAAAAUAAGUUCCUGGACCAAUGGAAGGACUAUGCAUGUCUUCUAUUCUGAAUGUAACUGCACCUUGUAAUACUCGCUUUGAGAAAUAAAAAUUGUGAUU